GAAGGAAAAUGACGUCACCACACGUUUGCGCGUGUACGUGCUUUAUAGGAAAAGCAUCCUUAAAGGGGAGUCUCACUGGGGAAUUUGCCAGAAUGCAGAAUUUUAAAGUGACAGUUCAACAUUUUGAGAAAUGUAUUUUGCUUUCCUGCUGGGAAUUCAAUGCGAAGAUCAAUAUCAUUCUUCAUUAUGGUAGGGAUAAAACAUCAAGAUAUUAUAAUAAGUGAGCCGGUUUGCAGAUGUUACAUUUUAAACGGGGACAGGUCGCGGUAGAGGGAGGUCUGUCUCCGGGUCUAAUUCUCAGGAUGAAAGCGAACAAGUGUAUUCCCCAAAAUGUCAGACUAUGCCUUGACCAAAUGUGUUUUUUUUAUCGCAACUUGUCUUGAGUAUGUCAUGUUGUCAGGGGGGCUAACACUCCUCCUUGGUGGUGUGUAGAAUGGCAGAACGGGGUCAUUUUAAAAGAAGAGGGUUACCGAGGGUUUGUCCCAAAGGAUAAAGUUAUGAUGAUGGUCAAUAAAAAUGUAGAGGUGAUCAUCUAACCGUUGACUGCACUUUAUAGAUAAUGAUAGAGAUCUAUAGGUCUGGAUUAGGACAUGUGUAUGUUAUUUCUUGGAUGAGGAAAAACCUUCAGAAUUCCUCCAUUUCCAGUAAAACGUUGUGAAAAGAAACAGUUUUCUGCCAUUUCAAACCCUUUAGGUAUUAUAGAAGAGUAGAGUUCACAGAAAACAUACAUUAAUACAUUUUAUGGGUCUUCUUUUCAAAAGAAUUCAGAAAAUACUUUCCCAGUGCAACUGAAAGGCUCAAGUACAAUGUCUUCAGGUGUUUUCUGUUGUUUGCGCCAUCUUGAACUAGCCACCGCCUGGGACUAGCUAUAGCGCCCAGUGGUGUAUAAAGUACCCAAAAGUCAUACUUGAGUAAAAGUAAUGAUACUUUACUUGAAAAUUACUCAAGUAAAAGUAAAAGUCUCCUAUUAGAAUACUACUUGAGUAAAGGUCUUAAAGUAUCCGAUAUUUAUUGUACCAAAAGUACGGUACGAUACGGAUUCAGCGGAAAUGUAUUUUCGUUGCAAAAUAUAGAGAAGUAAUAGUAAAAGUCAACAGAAAUAUAAGAAGUAAAGUGUACAGAUAUCCCAAAAAACUACUUGAGUACAUUCACAAAGUAUUUCUGCUUCGUUACUAUACACCACUCCCAGCGCCACGGACCGGCGUGACGGCUGGUGACCGCAGCCGAGGCCGUUUCAUAAAAUAUGGCUUGGCUUAAUCGGUCAAUGUUCUCGAGAAGCCCUGAGUGAGCACAAACAGAUUGCCUGUUCUGCAGCUGCAACCAGAUCCAAUCACACCGGGCAUGAACGCUCCCAUGAUAAUAAUAAAAAUUCCGACGACUAGAGACCCCCCCCAUCCCCCCCCCCUGUGAAAACAGUGUGCUGCAGGAGCUGCUCUGAGACAUACGUUCCCCUUCAUAAGAUGACCUUGUAGUUGUAUGAGGAGUAAGCUCAGCCCGCUUCAAGAUUGAGGCUAACGCAGGAAGUCAUUAGUCAUGACUCAUUCCAGGGAAGAAGGAUGCUGCAGGAAUUAGUUUGCACUUGACCGCAGAAGGAAGAUGAGGGACGGAGGGCUCCGGUCACAUUUGACGAAAAUGUGUCUUGCGCUGCAGCCGACUUGAAAGUGCAGACUCAGCUUUUAAUCUGACGGGGCCGUGAGUCAUCCUUCAUCGUUGAUCUCCAUCUAGCACGCUUAACUGACACUCAAUGUGCAUUGUGCAUAUUGGAAUUAAUCAAUUGUCGCACUGUGCUCUGAAUAACGUUCAUCAAAACGUGUUAUCGUUUUAAUUAAAAGCUAGAGUAAAGUUUUGCGCUGCGAGGCCAAAAAAUCCACUUGAAACCAUGUCGGAGAGGAGGACAUUAUCAACCGAAUGUCAUUAUGGUUAUUAGGCUCAUACAACAUAUUGUAUUGGUUGCUGCAGUGCAAUAAGGAGCUCUCUGUCAAGUGGAAGCCAUUAGUCAUGUGAGCGAAAUGGAUUAGGCUUCAAAAGGAGUUCAAUAUGGAAAAAGUGCCUCGUAGUCUCCACGGUUUUAACCACGGUGGUAAGAUAUCGACCAGACGUCCAACAAACGAAUAUUAAUCACCUUAAAGCUGGAGGAAAUCCAGACGGGUCUGUAUUCUGUAGGGUUUGCAACCUAAUUGGUGAUUAUGAUAAGAUAAGAUAAGAUAUUCCUUUAUUCGUCCCACAGUGGGGAAAUUGCAGGAUCACAGCAGCGGGUGCAUAUAGUAAAAGAUAAAAAUACAAAAUACAAUAACAAUAUUAAUUAGAACGGGCACUCGGUAGAGCGCAUACCUUCGCAUAUCACAAGAUUGGGCAUUGAAUUAUGAACAUUUUGGCAUUAGUUGCAUGCCAAUUGGAUAAAAAUGUACCGUGCUAUGGUAAAAAGAAAAUGUUGACCUUUUCAUGACCUUGACCAUGACCUUUGACCCGAUCAAUCCCAAAAUCUAAUCAAACGGUCCCCGGAUAAUAACCAAUCAUCCCACCAAAUUUCAUGCGAUUCGGUUUAAUACUUUUUGAGUUAUGCGAGUAACACGCAUACAAAUAAAUAAAUAAACGGCGAUCAAAACAUUAUCUUCCGCAUUUUCAAUGCGAAGGUAAAUAUACAGGAAUACAAAAUAUAUAUAGAAGGUAAUGAUUAAAGUGUAUUGUCAGCAGGUUAAAGUGUCCAGGAUAAAGUGUUGAGUGUGUUUAAGUGAAAACACAUCAUUAAAAGACAUCUAUAGGUAUGUUCAUCCCCUAAAAGUCUGUUCUAUUUUAGGGUGACACAAUUAUUUAAUUUGUCCUUAUAUUUAAUCUGAAAAAACACCACACAAAAAAAUGAAUAAAGAUUUUCACAGAUAUGACAAAAGUAGUGCAAUAUAUACAGAGAGACAAAGGGCAAAGGAAUUCCUCAAAACACACCACACACUGCACACAUGCAAAGGAGUAAUAUGUCAGCAGAAUGAAGGGUUUAGGCUCAGAGCUCUCUGUGGUAUCUUUUUCUAGGACACGGCAGUAGAAGAUGCCCUCUCUCGUUCCUCAGGGCACGGCGCUGGAUGCAUGGCGGAGGACACUAUUUAUAUCUCAUUAUUAUAAACGUCUCAAAUAGAAACCAUCACACACUGGAAGGUUUCCUCCAGUUGCCAUGGAAAGUUCCUCCGUCGCUUCUCCUCGGCCGUCUCGGUCUGCUCGCGCACUUGUGCGUUCCUGUGUUUGUGUAAUAAUGCAAUGACACAUUUGUGUUCUUCUUCUUCUUCUUCUUUGUGCCCUUGCAGUGCAUGAGGAACCCAGCCCGGCUGCAGAGGACAGGUUUAGUCAUUAGAGUGCUUUGCUACAUCCAGGGAAAUGUCUGGCUCCUACGAUGAAUGUGCGGUUGCUGACGACACCAUGGACAGCUUCUGGGAGGUGGGGAACUACAAACGUGCCGUCAAGAGAGUUGAUGACGGCCAUCGGCUCUGCAAUGACCUCAUGGGCUGCCUGCAGGAACGUGCCAAGAUAGAAAAGGCGUAUGGCGAUCAGCUGACUGCGUGGUCCAAGAGAUGGAGACAGCUCAUUGAGAAAGGGCCGCAGUACGGCUCCGUGGAGAGAGCCUGGCUGGCCGUGAUGACCGAGGCAGAGAAGGUGAGUGAGCUGCACCAGGACGUGAAGAACAACCUGACGAACGAGGACGUGGAGAAAGUGAAGAACUGGCAGAAGGAAGCCUAUCACAAGCAAAUGAUCGGGGGCUUCAAGGAGGCCAAGGAGGCGGACGAAGGCUUCAAGAAGGCUCAGAAACCGUGGGCCAAAAAGCUCAAGGAGAUGGAGGCAGCUAAGAAAUCCUACCACCUGGCCUGCAAGGAGGAGAGGCUGGCCGCGGCCCGCGAGGCCAACGGCAAGACCGAGGCCUCCAUCACCGCAGACCAGCAGAAGAAACUGCACGAGAAAGUGGACAAAUGCAAACAGGAUAUGCAGAAGGCUAAAGAAAAGUAUGAGAAGUCUCUGGAGGAGCUGAACAAGUGCACCCCGCAGUACAUGGAGUGCAUGGAGCAGGUGUUUGACCAGUGCCAGCAGCAUGAGAUCAGGAGGCUGACCUUCCUCAAGGAGGCCUUGCUGGACAUCAAACGCCAUCUUAACCUCACCGAGAACCCAAACUAUGCCACAAUAUACCGAGAACUGGAGCGCACCAUCCUGUCUGCAAACACACAAGAGGACCUGAAGUGGUUCAGCAACAACCACGGCCCUGACAUGCAUAUGAACUGGCCUGCAUUUGAGGAAUACAACCCAGACCAGGCCGCUGCUCCCCCGAAGAAGAAGAAGCCAGACGGAGCCCCACCCACUCCGAGCACCGAGCACCAUGUGGCUCCACCUGGUGACCGGAGCAGUGUGAGCAGCUAUGAAAAAAACCAAGCGUACUCGACUGAGUGGUCCGACGACGAGCAGCCCGCCACGUUGUCCGGCAACGAAAAUGGCGGCGGCAGCGGCGGCAACGGCAACUCCUUCGAAGAGGACUCCAGCUCUGGGAAAGGAGUCCGCGUCCGCGCUCUCUAUGACUAUGAAGGCCAGGAGCAGGAUGAGCUCACCUUCAAAUCAGGCGAUGAACUCACCAAGACCGAGGACGAGGACGAGCAAGGCUGGUGUCGAGGUCGUCUGGACGGCGGCCGGGAGGGACUGUACCCGGCCAAUUACGUCGAGCCGAUGUAGACACGUGACAAGGACACGCCAUUGGAGGCAGCUUGAACUGUCCCGUCCGAUUGCAUCGCACAUAGCCAGAGACUUAAGAGCAACACAUCCCUUGCCCAACAGAUGCGCCCAGCCUAAAUGCAAACGCAGUAACCUAAAAAGACAAUAUAUCAAUAUAAUAUAUUUUAUCCAGCAAUUGGGGGUGGGUGGAUUUAGACAUUUUAAAAACAUGAGCAGCUGUUAUUCCAGUAUAUACACACUCGACUAUAACAUCAAGGCAGUGCAGGAACACAUUGCUUCUCUGUGUAGCUGCUAUUUAACAUAUAAUGCAGCUUAUUUAAACUUGCAGUGCACUGCGGUCUGCUCACUUGUGAAUAAUGGGAAGAUAAUAUAAUCAGUUACGCCCAUUUGACGAAGACGAGCGUCUCCAACCUGCAUUGUGUACAUACAGUGUGAUGCCAUUUUUGUGUGUGUAGCAUUUUUAAUGCUGUGUGUGUGUGGUCUGUCGUCAUUCUCACACCUGGAAUGCUGUGUAGUGUUCAAAUGUACCACAAACAGGAUCCUGUCUUCUUUUUACUUUCUUUUCUUCUUCUUCUUUCUUUGUGAUUUGGCCCCACCUCCUUCCCAGUGUGUGCAGUGCUAUGUGUUUUUAACUGUUUCUGAACUUUGCAUAGCAGCAUGUGCUAUGCAAAAAAACCACAAAAGAAGAAAAAAGAAACUUGCAUUCCCCGAAUCCUGCAGCCUCCUUUGGGAGACAACUUGAUGCAACGACAAAAUGCAGAGUUUAUUGAUUAGCAUCACAUUCUUCUGGACAUGAACCGCUUUUAUGUUGGUUUUGUUUCUUCUUCUUUCUUUUUUUGACAUAUUUAUUUUUCCUAGCAUCACAAACCCGUUGACGAUAUCAUCUCCAUGCAACCCGAGGGAAAAGGGAUACACCGUUUCUGCAGAGGCUUUUCAUUCUCGGUUCAGUAAUUCUGCUCUCAUUUUUAACCCAUGACUGCUAACGCGAGCCAUACGUUCCCUCGGAGCCAAGUGGGGUCAAGUCAUCUUCUUGAGGUUGCCGCCGCAGUAUAUAAGAGGUGGGUUCUGAACAAUGGGCCGGGCACUAUUUCUUCAAGAGCGAGACGGGGGCCAAUGGAGGCCGGCGGUUGUCUGAAGAUCGGAAGCCUCUUCAACAGGAUGUGAAUGUACUUGUGUUCGGGCUCGAAAGAGGACGCGUUUGUCGAAACACUGUUCUCCGCCGUUAUUCAUGUGGCCCGUGUUUCCCUGUUGAGCCAAAGAAUGAACCCAAUUCACAUCAACUAUCCGUUUUCUCUCCAUGCAAUAACUGUCACAUAUCGCAUGUGUAAACAGCUUCAGUGAUGAUCAACUUGUAGCCGCCUCCCCAGUCCACCCGAACGCCACGCGAUGACACAGGGAAUACAUUUGUGCUGCAAUGCAUGUAAGAUGACUCGCGCACACAGUGCAUCACAUGGUCAUUUAAAAAAAAUCCUUCACUUAAUACGUAGAAAUUAAAUUUAUAUCAGGAAAUGUUGAUUCUUGCGUAAUCUUGCUACACGUUGCACCUAAAUCUAUGAUUAGGAUGGAACAGAUGUUUGUUUGUUUACUUUUUUUUUUUUUUAUAACUUAGUUGUCCUGAAGUUUUUUUUUAUUUCAUUGGACCAACAGCAGUCAGAUGUGUUUAGCUCUGUGUCUGGAACAGGAUUUUGGCAGGUUUGGGUCUCACACAUGAGGAGAAACACAUCACCAGCUCACAAGUUGUGUCUUAGAGUAAAGCUGUCCAGCAUAGCAAAAAGGACUACUGUCAUUAAACUGUCCCACUUCCAUAUGCACACACAGACACACACACAGACACACACACACAGACAUACUUAUAUAUAUACACAUACAUGCACUAUACACACAAAUUCAAACAUAUUCCACAUUACCAGGUUAAUAUUUUGGGGGUGAAACAUCAUCCAGUGUGUAUGAGUUGUGUAAAUGUAAUAGAAACAAAAGUUACAAAAAAAAUGCAAGUAAUUGACUAUUAAGACAAGAUGUAGUGUUAUACAUGUAAAUGUGAUUCAUUAAAAAUAACAGCAAUGGAAAACAUAUUAACUAAUAGGUACCAUAUCGUAUGACUUUCAUUGCAAUGGAAUUGUCAGUGUAUCAUAAAUAAGCGUGACGAUAUCCCACGCUGUCAGAUUUGUAUAUGAUGUAAUUUAAAGAUUAUAUUCUAUUGUAACUGUACAACUGUGUUGAGUUGAAAAAUGAGACCUAACCAUGUUGAGGCAGUAAAAAUGUGUACAUGUAAAUGCUUUUUUAUGUUGAUGAUCUCUUCCUUAUGCACACGGGGGACAGCAGCUCAUGUUGUGGAAACCCCUAUAUUAGCGGUCUAGAAGAUGUAUGUUAAUAGUUGGUGAUGUACUUUUAUCUCCUAACUGGUGUAGUGCCUGUUCAUCUUGCUGUAACAAGAAGUUCAUUUAAAUAUGCAUAAAGAUGAUUAUGAUCACAGAUAAUAAUG